CCUGGUGAAUUAUAGAUGAGAAUAGUGAUUCUUCGUGCUCUAGAACUGUAACAGCCCUUGGGCCCACCUCCUUCCCCAUUCUCUCUCACCGUUGCUCGCUCUCUCUCUCUCUCUCUCUCUCUCUCUCUCUCUCUCUCUCACACUCACUCUCUCUCUGUUCUUCAACCAGCACUGGAUAAAACCAACUAAAUAUGCAAUAAUAUUGACUGAUAGCUAAAAUGCCAGUAACUCAUAUAUGCUUUUCAGAAUAUCUGACUGCACACAUGAUCCCAGAGUGGAGGAAGCAGUAUAUUUGUUAUGAGGAACUGAAUUCCAUUCUUACCAGGGAACACAGACAACAUAUCUUAUUUGAUAAACAAAGUCAUCAUUUUCCAAUAUGUGAGGAGUUCCUUGAAAAAUGUGACACAGAGCUGAAGAAAGUGAACCUCUUCUAUUCAGAAAAAUUAUCCGAAGCAAAAUGGAGGCUGUCCACAUUAGGGAUUGUUGCUCUAGAUGGGUCUGGAGUAGGCAUGGGAGAAAGUGGACAUGUCCCAGUCUCCUCAGAGGCCUACAGACAUCUGCAGAGGAAAAAGACUGAAUUACAUAAACUUAAAAUGGCUGUUGGGGACUUUUAUCUGAGUCUGGCUUUUCUCCAGAGCUACCAGGAGCUGAAUUACCAAGGUUUCUAUAAGAUUACAAAAAAGUAUGAUGCAAAACUUCCAUCUGAGCGUGGCCUACAGUGGAGAACUGAAAGACUAGACACUUCUUUACUACACACUGAGAGACAUAGCUGUGAGGAAAUGAUGUUUAGACUGGAGACUUUUAUGCUUCAGCUUGAGGGUGGCAAUGAAGAGAAGGCUCUGAGAAGACUUGAACUCCCACAGAGGGGAAUGGAACAAACAGCUGGACAGUGGAUAACAUUUCGGAUUGGUGUCACUUGUGGCCUCAUUAUAGCACUGAUAACUUUUAUUGCUUUUAAAGCAUCGAAUGAAUCACAUCUAGAGAACCUGAAGUCACUGCUACAACUCUACAGAGGGAGUUUUCUGCUGAUUGAGUUCCUGUCACUGAUGGGAUUAAUCAUGUAUUGCUGGAGAAGAUCUGGAAUCAAUCACAUUCUCAUUUUUGAGCUGGAUCCUAGACAUCACUUAUCACAUCAUCACGUUUUAGAGGUGGCAGGAUAUUUGGCUGUAUGUUGUUGUAUUAGUGUGUUGGCCUGGCUACAUCCUUCAUUCAUGUCAAUCCCACAACAGCUCCACCCCCUUUUAUUCCACAGUCUUCUGCUGCUCUUGCUGUUAAACCCCACAUCUAUUUGUCACUCUUGGUCUCGUCGCUGGUUCCUAGCUGUGAUGUGGAAGGUCCUGACAGCACCUCUCUGGCCUGUUGGGUUUGCAGAUUGCUGGUUAGCUGACCAGCUCAACAGUCUGGGUCCUCUUAUCUUGAGCCUGUGGGACCUGCUGUGUUUCUACAUCUUUCAGAUAAACUGGGCAGAUCUGCAGGAUGGCAGCUCUCUGAUUAGAGAGAGUGAGGACUGGGAAAGGCAGAGCAAAGUAGUCAUAUGCCUGAUUCAGUGCUUCCCUCCAUGGCUGAGGUUUGCUCAGUGUCUUAGGCACUUCUGGGACAGUGGAAACACAGUGCAUCUCCUUAAUGCUGGCAAAUACUCCACUGUCUUUCUCAUGGUCACUUUUGCAAGUCUCUACAACACAGCAAGAGAAAAGUCUGAUCCAGCCAUGGAGGAGAGUGUGUAUGUGUAUAUGUGUCUGUGGGCCAUAUCUACCUGCAUAAGUGUAAUAGUGACCGUGAGCUGGGACCUAAGGAUGGACUGGGGACUGCUACAAGGAAAUGGACUUCUGAAAGAGGAGCUACUUUACUCCCGAGAGGUGUAUUACUAUGCAGCCAUGUUAGCAGAUGUGCUACUGCGGAUCUCCUGGGCUAUUAAUAUCCUCUUGGCUCAGAUGAAGGAUUCAGCUGCUGUUGUUACUGUUAGUGCCAUACUGGCUCCACUGGAGGUCCUCAGGCGUUCAAUCUGGAAUUUCUUUCGGCUGGAAAAUGAGCACCUGAAAAACUGCAGGCAGUGUCGAGCCAUUCGUGAUUUUGAUUUGCCUGCUAGUCCAAUAAACCUGCCGCAGAAGAUCCUCAUUGAGAAGCUGAAGGACCCAAAUGAGCAGAUUAUUGGCAAACAGGAAACUAGUGCCUCACACCGUAAACCUACUUGUUUACUACUGAGAUAUCUAAGAUCAAGAGUUAAGGAAACAAACUUACCAGUAGGGAGCCCAGAGAUGGAGUCAACAUAAUAUCUAUAAGGAUGACAAAGGAGGCCUGAAAAUGGGUGCACACAUAAAUGUUGAUUAGGUGCUUAGUCAGCAAGGUAAAAUUUCAUGAUUACAGUCCCCAUGUGUAAUAUAUGAAGAAGCAGUUCCAAUAUUUCCCUCAAAAUAAUACUUUCCUUUAUUUCACUUCAAAAUCCACCAGUAAUUCAAUUUUCCAGACCAGCUGAUAUGCAAAAAUCAGGCAAGCAUGUACAAUACAGCAGCUUGAGCCCAAGCGAAUAAAGAGGAAAAAAGAGCAUGGGAGGAGAAAGUGAGAGUCCAGCAUUUCUCUCUCCAGAGAACUGAUGUUCUCUGUUCUGCUUCCUACUCUGUGUUCAAGUCAGCAGUCCCACAGUCAGCUGUUUUUUUUAUUGUUUUUUUUAAAUAAAGUAUCUUUAUGCUCUCCUCCUGUUAUAGUCCAAAACCAACAGUAUAGCUUUGAUAUCUGAAGCAAUGUAUGUUGUGUUAAUGAACAGGUUCAGCUUUUUUUCUUGCCAUGCAGUGGUCCAUGAACAUGAACCAGUUGUCCAUUUGUAUUGUAAAGGUCAUUCAGAGGGAAGUAGUCAGUAAAAUGCUGAGCAUCACAUGCAUAACAAUCCACUCAGUCGGAUGUUCGCAUGUAUUAAUGUAUAUAUGUGUGUGUAUAUGCAUAUGUGUGUGUAUGUUUGUAUGUGUGCAUGUAAGAGAGAGUAUUACUUAUGAUAAAUUACUGCAUUAGCACUUACAGCUUUUUGCAAAAUGCUGUAUUUGUCAUUGAAGUUCUCUGAUAUAUUCAUUGCAUGUCAAUGUCCAUCGUGCACAUUUUGACAUGUUAUUUAAGUGGCAUGAAGCCAUAUAAUUAGUGAUAGCACUCCUUGUUUGAAGAAUAGAUGAGGUUAGAAUGGUGUGGAAAAGGAGAACUCACUGGUCUUCUACCAGUGCCUGCUCUUCACUGUGUUCCUCUGGUUGGCUUUUGGGGCUGCUACUGUCCCCGUCAACUCUCUUACUGGCCGGGUUAAUGGCGAGGACUGUCCCUUCUCUCUCUGAGUUCUCCAGAUGCCUCGGAGCCCCAUCUUCUGGAUUGUCCACAGAGCGUGAUCGCAGCACUUCAGCCUUGUUCGUCUCUGUGAUGGCUCUUUCCUCUAUAACGACUCCGGGGAAGUGAUUUCUCAGUGUCUCUCUGCAGUCACCAUAGAGAUGCUGCUCCAGAGUUAGGUUUGCCUGG